CCCCAGCGUUUAUAUCGUGGAGUGAAGGCUGUGGAUCUGCGCCUGACGAUUAGCAAAUCGCCGCAAAUUAACAACGCUGUGCUUGUGAUCAAUCAUUGUGGUUAGUUGUCAAUUUUUACAACAACCAAGUUAGUGAAAGGCUUGAUUUGUUGGAGUAACGUGCAGGCUAGUUUGCUAAUGAUAAUGCUUGAGUAGCUCGUUUUGGUGGCUGCGUUCGCGAAUGUAACGUUAGUUCUUGAUUUCUGAGUAAUUAAAAUUCAUCAUCGCGUUGUGAUUGUUAAGGAUGAUCAGUUAUUGUCAAACAACAAUAAUAAAUCACAGCAAUAACCGAUAAGGUGUACGAUCUAACAAUUCGCAAUGAACUCGAAGCGCAACAACGGUGAAAAUGGGUCUGGCAGAAUCAACCAAGGCUCGGUACAAACACCAACAAACGGCCCAUCGGCAGGCGUUUCCCACCGAAAGCAAACUAUAAUAAAUAAGUCUGAGAAGGCCGAGUGCAUGCAGAGCGUCACACGGGACAAAAACAUGUCCAUCUCCACACUCAGAACUCGCCUCGGUCCCACCAUCCGAUCCACUCUGUCCUCUGCGGUGGACACCCUGCUGGUGGAGAUCGUGGCCGUGCUUUCGGAAACCCAGCGGGAGCUGUUUACCAAAGAGCAGGAAAACGAAAAACUGAAGAUUCGGCUCGAAGUUUCAGAGAGAGAGCUCAAAACGUUACAAGAGUGUCUUUGUAGCGCUCAGAAAUUAAUCGAUCAGCUGCAGGGUCCCUUCGGUAACCCGCCCAUGACGGGGCAUCACGCUUACAACACCGGUGGACCCGUGAACUCUAGCCGGUUGACACACAGGUCUGCGCCCCAGACGGAUCCACGCUGUUUUACCGGAGGUGAAGCGGAGUUGAGUGGCGCUCUUGGUGAUGCGAUACAUGGCUUUGAUUCCAGGGAAGAUUUCAAGAGUUGUCACCUCUCCAUUCAGGCAGAUGGGACUGUGACGAAUAGUUUUUAUGACCCCAUAUCCGUCCAUUCGUCUAACAUCUGCUCCGACAUGAACCGAACUGGUGAGAUGGUGGAUGACAGCAGGCGCCUCUCACACAAUAGAGCCCCAAAUCCCCCCUCACUCGCUAGCUUCUCUAUUAAAGAAGAACAGGGACUUGCAUCUGGGCAGAUGUGCGUGCGGGGAAGGGAGCCACCCACUGAAACUGAGCACUCGGCGCAGAGUUCAUGUGAUCUCGCAUUCGUCCACGUAGCAGAGGAAGGAAGUUCCAGUUCACACCAUCACCCUUCCAAAAAUACAGCACCUUCGUCCAGGCCCCUAAAUGGACCCUCUUCCGGUAGUUCACCUCCACAGGGGACAUCUGGGCUAAGAUCCACACUGAGAGAUGCCCCCAGUUUGGGUUUGUCAUCCAAGAGAAGUCCAGGGGCAGGUGUCUCAUCACCUGAGGAACCGGCUCGACGUUCCAUCGCUGAGCUGAUGGGUGAAGUGCCUGGUGAACGGCCUCACCUGUGUUUGGAGUGUGGAAAGACAUUUCGUCUGAUCUCUAGCCUGAAAAAACAUCUGAGGAUUCACACUGGAGAGAAACCGUACCCGUGCACCGUUUGUGGGCGGCGCUUCCGUGAGUCAGGGGCCCUUAAGACUCACCUCCGCAUCCACACUGGUGAAAAACCGUAUUCCUGCUCGGAGUGUGGGACGCAGUUUCGUCAUCUAGACGGCCUGCGAAAGCAUCGGCGCACACACACGGGUGAAAAACCGUAUGUGUGCAAUGUUUGUGGAAAACGCCUCAGCCGGCUGCAGCAUCUGAAGCAUCACCAGCGAAUACAUACGGGAGAGCGGCCGUGUUGCUGCCCGCUUUGCCACCGUGGCUUUAAAGAUCCGGCCAGCCUGAGGAAACAUCUUCGUGCUCAUCAAGGAGAGCCUGGAGCUGAUGAAGCGAUAGACAUGAUCAGUCUUGGAGAGGCGGAUGGAGCUUCCAUAGAUGAUGAGGAAAUGAGGUUUGGGAUGUGGGGAGAAGAGGAAGGGAAUGAGGGGGAGUCUGUCGUGGACUGUGUGUAGUUUUGGCGGAACAUAUUACAGAUAAGCAAACUCUAAUCUAAAGUCAUUUGUGCAACAAGAAAAGAUUAUGGUUUUGCAGCAAAGGGAAUUCAGCUUUGUUUAGCGGACAGUGUUUUUUCUUUGUGUGGUGUUGUGUACAACAAAAGUUAUGCCUUGGUGGGGACCAACAAAUAAUCUUCAGAUAAGGGCUUUACACACCUGAAAUCGUUAACCCAGAGUUAUUCUAAACCCCAAGUAAACAGAAUCCUGUGUUAUCUGUUUUGCGUUUCACACUGCUUAUAAUUUACCAGGGGUUAAAAGAUAACCCUGGGUAUUCAUAACCUGACGUUUCACACUGUACAGCGCUAAAACCUGGGUUAACAUUCUUAUUUGCAUCUUUGCGGUGUCAACAGUCAUGAUUGGAGAAAUAUUGCAGUGUCAUACUAACUGAAUAACAGUAUUAUGCGCUCCUUUUAAAAAACAAAUACUGUUGGAGCAGAUAGCCUUGUGGUUAUUGCUCAGACAUAUGGUGCUGUUGCGCUCCGUGCGACCAGAGUUUGAGUGCCAGGUAGUGGUCCUUUUCUGAUCCCACCCCCCCUCACCCACGUCAUUUCGUGUCCUCUCAUUGUUACUGUACUGUACAUAAAGGCAAAAAACGCCCAAAAUAAAUCUUUAAAUAAAAAAAGCAAACAGAUACCUUGUUGCAUCCACAUCUGUGACAAAAUGAUGCCUCGCAAAUCCUUUUUUGUCUGUUUUAAGCCUCCUAAGACGUAACUUACUCAAACAAAUAAAAAAGUCAAAGGAUUGUUUAUGGAAAAAUGAGGUAAGCGCAGUUUAGUUUUUGAUUGGGUGUCCGUUGCUAAGCGUCUGGUUGUAUCAUUCCUCCCCCGCUUCGUUUCACACUGCACACGUUUGAAUGGGUUAACCCUUCAAAAAUUGUGCUAACCCUUCUUCAUAAACGAACGUUUCACACUUGUAAUUUUUGAAGUGGGGUUAUCCCCGCAUUUUACCCAGGUUUAUGAAACUUGGGGUUUAGACGGAAGAUAACCUGGGGUAGCGCAGUGUGAAAAGCCCUACUUUUUCAUAUGCAGAUGCAUAUCACAGAGUUAAUCAUUUGAAUAUAUGGUUAAAUAACUUGAAAGGGAUUGAUGACUCAAGUAUUCACUUAUUUUACGUACACAUUAUCACAUCACAUAGGACUGGACAAAACAUUUUAGAUCUAGCAAGUUUUGUGUGUUUAUGCUUGUCUUUACGGAAUACUGUGAUAUAGUGCGGAGGAUUUUGAUUCUCCAAUGAGACAAACAGGGUAAGUGCUGUCAUUGGUAUAAUAAUAAUUUCAUUUUGAACUAUUGUCUUUUGCCUGUAAGAAAUAGACCUAUGUCAGACACAUUAAAGCCUGAAAUGUGGUUUUAUUGCACAGACUGAUACACAUAUAUAUAUAUACAUAAAGAUGAGUAUUUCAGAAACAAUGGUACUGUUAUAUCUGAAUGCAAGUUUGGGUUUUCAGUCUUCUUUCUCGUGUUUUGUUUUCACAGGUUACUUAUUAAGUUUAACUGUCAAUUAGAGAUUAUUUGGAACAUCAAAAUACAGGAUUUUUUUUCUAAACGUCAGAGAUAUUAAUGCUGUGGUCUUCAGUAUUAUGGAUUUAAUCAUGUGUAGACAAUAAUUUGCACAUUCAGUUUAUGUAUUAUAUAGUUGCUAAAGUUUCUUUAGUUAAAUGUAUAUAACACGCACGCACAGAAAUCAAACUUUAGAUAAGUGGUUCCCUCUACUGGAAAACAGAGGGAAAGACUAUUACUGAUAACAAUUUGAAGUUCUUUGGUUUGUUGUUCUUCUUCAGUAGUAGAGAAGCUGUUUCUGUUGGGGCUAUGACACAUGUAAUGUGGGUUGUUUUUGUGAUUACACAAGUUUUGUCCUUAAAGAUACCUUUUGUUUUUAUAUCCUGUCAAAUCUCAAUUUGUAUAGAAAUUGUAGAAUCAAUACAGCGAACUGAAAUAGAUAAAUCUUAAAAUUGGAAAACAGAAUCUGAAGGCAUGUGAAAUUGACCCAGAACAAGUGUCUUUUAUAACUGCACAAUUUAAUCUGUGUACUCUGUUUGUAUAUUGCAUUUGUUUGUGUAGCCACAUGUGAUGUUGAAUUUAGAAAUGUUACUGUUUGCAGGAAAUUUUUAUUGUAGUCCUUUUUUUAACAUCCAAAAAAGACACAACAUCACACAGUUGUCUUACACAGUUGAAAUGGAUAUCUUAUGUUUUGACUUAUAUUUAAUAAUAUAACUUUAGUGCUAGUAUUACACGAGUCUUUUGGCUGGUCUGCCACAUCGAGAGAUGGUAACAUCUCGGUCAAAUGACAGGAAGUAAUUAUUGUAAUGGUUACUUGCAGUAUAUGAGUAUAAGCUUUGAUUAAUGUAAACAUUUACUCUACAGAAUUAAAAUUCAUUACAAAAUAUCUAAA